AUGGAGGAAGGGCGCGAGUGCUUUGUUGGGUCAAAUGAUACAUUUGAGAGCCAUUUACAUCGCCGUGCAGCCAGCAGUGGUGAAUCGUCGAUUGAUGGAUCAUUUGAUGAAGAUCGUGCUGCCUUAAGUGAUUCCGAUCUUGCAGGUGCUGCCAGAAUUCAGACUUUAGCCAUAAAAGCAAAAGGUCCCUCUAGCGAUGCUCUUGAGACAGAAUGUCGCACCGAGCAGAGUGUUCUGAAUAGUCAUGACUGUGAUUGUUCCUUAUCGAAAGGUGCAUGGAAUGAUGUUUUAGGUAGUGGACAGCUAUUUUGUAAGGUACUAUUUUUAAUAAAGGCAGAAGUUCCUGUAAUUUGUCCCAUUUAG